GAGUUUAAUUUUAAAAGAAGGCAGGGAAGACUCCUACGCAGUAUUUCAGGUGCCAGAUUCCUGGUUGCUGCCAGUGACCCUUGGCACUAACGCCCCGCACCUUUCUCAGGAUUCCUCCCAUCAGUCACUCUUCUUGGAAUCUGGAUCCUGCUCACGUUCCACUAGGAUCCAAACUCAAUCCUCAAGGCCACACCUUCCCGCGACCCCUAAGGCUUGAGCAAGGCCUGUAACCCCCUCCUUCCCCAGCAAAAGGCAAAGUGCCAGCGGGUGGCGGUGCGCCCCAGUCCAACUGGCGUCAGGACACUGCCUCCGUUCCAGCCAGGCCUGACUCCCUCCCCACUCUCUCAAUGCAUCAGGGGGCCACUGCGGGACCCUCUCCGGCCACUCGCCACCCCCAGUUCCACGAGGCGGACUACAAGCCCCAUGAUGCCGCGGGGCCGAGUUAAAACAAGCACUGCCCAGGGCACCCACGUACCCCUCCUCCCUCCCCCGCAUCCCUGCAUCCCUAGCCGACCGCUUGGGCUGAGGGCCGGGCUAUGCAGCUGCGGGCGCGCGUCCCUGCGGCGGCGGCGGCGGCGGCGUCCCUGGGGCCCUCGCCCCGUGCGCCCCCGCGCCUGCUGCGGGCGCCUGCCUCCUCGGCCGAGCAGCGUCUUUGUACGCGGGGGUGUGGGCGCCGCCGAGUGCCCGCGCCCUCUCCGGGCGGGUGGGGGCCUCUCCGCGCCGCCCGCCGCCUCGCGAGGACGCCCGCGGCCCGCGCCGCCCGCACCGUUCCGGGCGCGCCGCCCCGGCCCGCCCGCCGGCGCCGCUAGCACAUGCCCGAGCCGCAGCCCUGCGAGCAGGCAGCGCUGGCCCCCCCGCCCCGCGGCUCCGGGCCCUGGCUCUGGCGCGGUCCCUCCACCCGGGCCGGGCGCCGCGGCCCCGGCAUGAGGAGCGGGCGAUGAUCCCCGCCAACGCCUCCGCCAGGAAGGGGCCCGAGGGCAAGUGCCCGCUGCACUACCUCGUGUGGCACAACCGCCACCGCGAGCUGGAGAAAGAGGUCCGCGCCGGCCAGGUGGACAUCGAGCAGCUGGAUCCCCGUGGGCGGACUCCCCUGCACUUGGCCACCACCCUGGGGCACCUCGAGUGUGCCCGCGUGCUCCUGGCACACGGCGCAGAUGUGGGCAGGGAGAAUCGCAGCGGCUGGACAGUGCUUCAGGAAGCUGUGAGUACCCGGGACCUGGAGCUGGUGCAGCUGGUGCUGCGGUACCGGGACUACCAGCGGGUGGUGAAGCGGCUGGCAGGCAUCCCUGUGCUCCUGGAGAAGCUGCGCAAGGCCCAGGACUUCUACGUGGAGAUGAAAUGGGAGUUCACUAGCUGGGUGCCCCUGGUGUCCAAGAUCUGCCCCAGUGACACCUACAAAGUGUGGAAGAGUGGGCAGAACCUUCGGGUAGACACCACACUUCUGGGCUUUGACCACAUGACGUGGCAGCGAGGGAACCGCAGCUUUGUCUUCAGGGGCCAAGACACGAGCGCCGUGGUCAUGGAGAUUGACCACGACCGCCGGGUGGUGUACACAGAGACCCUGGCUCUGGCCGGGCAGGACCGUGAGCUACUGCUGGCUGCUGCCCAGCCCACCGAGGAGCAGGUGCUGAGCCGGCUCACCGCACCCGUCGUCACCACGCAGCUCGACACCAAGAACAUCUCCUUUGAGAGGAACAAGACCGGCAUCCUGGGCUGGCGCAGCGAGAAGACCGAGAUGGUGAAUGGGUAUGAAGCCAAGGUAUAUGGGGCAUCCAAUGUGGAGCUCAUCACCCGGACACGGACAGAGCAUCUUUCAGAACAGCACAAGGGCAAGGUCAAAGGCUGUAAGACACCUCUGCAGUCCUUCCUGGGAAUUGCUGAGCAGCAUGGGGGCCCCCAAAAUGGGACCCUGAUCACUCAGACUCUGAGCCAAGCCAACCCCACUGCCAUCACCGCAGAAGAGUACUUCAAUCCCAACUUUGAGCUUGGCAACCGUGACAUGGGCCGACCCAUGGAACUGACCACCAAGACACAGAAGUUCAAGGCCAAGCUGUGGCUGUGUGAGGAGCAUCCCCUGUCCCUGUGUGAGCAGGUGGCCCCCAUCAUUGACCUCAUGGCCGUCAGCAAUGCACUUUUCGCCAAGCUCCGGGAUUUCAUUACCCUGCGCCUGCCUCCGGGAUUCCCUGUCAAGAUUGAAAUCCCGAUUUUCCACAUCCUCAACGCCCGCAUCACCUUUGGGAACCUCAAUGGCUGCGAUGAGCCGGUGCCGUUGGUGCGAGGCAGCCCCAGCAGCGAGACCCCUUCCCCAGGCAGUGACUCCUCCAGUGUCAGCAGCUCCAGUUCCACGAGUGAGACCCUGUCCUGCCCUGAGCCCGCCCUCGCUUCCCCUCCCCACCGAGCACUUCCCCGGGAGUGGCCGGGAGGGGAGGUCUGGUCCACUCUGACCCACAGCCCGGCGCCCCCAGCCUCGUGCCGCGGCUGCGAGAUCUCCCCCACGUUGUUCGAGGCCCCACGCGGCUACAGCGUGCUGGGCGGCCAGCGAGAGGCCACCACCCGCGACGACGAUGACGACCUGCUGCAGUUCGCCAUCCAGCAGAGCCUGCUUGAGGCGGGCAGUGAGUAUGACCAGGUGCGUCCCCGCGGCCGCACGGGGCCACUGGACUGCGGUGCCGCCACAGCUAACUGGCUCACCCCCGCCUCCGCCCAGGUCACCAUCUGGGAGGCACUAACGAACAGCAAACCGGGCACUCACCCCAUGUCCUACGAGGGUCGCCGACAGGACAGGAGCGCUCCGCCCACGCCGCAGCGCCAGUCCACAACCCCCGCGGGCCUGGCGUCGGUCCCCAGCCCUCGGCCCAGCCCACGCCCAGGCCAAGGCGGCCACGUGUUCCGGAGCUACGAUGAGCAGCUGCGGCUGGCCAUGGAGCUGUCUGCGCAGGAGCAGGAGGAGCGGCGGCGGCGCGCGCGCCAGGAGGAGGAGGAGCUGGAGCGCAUCCUGCGGCUCUCUCUGACUGAGCAGUAGCGCCCUCUGCCGGGCCCCUUGGCCACUCCCCGCGGGACCCGCCCCGGAGCGAGAGUCGCCCGUCCUGCGCGCUCGCCUAGCUGAGUCUGGAGACCGGAACCGCCGCCUCGGGGGCGUAGCGGUGCACCCGGCACCAGAUGGGGAGGGGUUCGGCCCAGACGUGGGGUACCUUCCUGGAGGCAGCUGGCACGGCCCGGCUCCCCUGCUUUGCUGUAUCCUGACCCCACCCCACUCCCCUGGGCUCUGACCGGUCCAAGGGCGGAGCCAGGCCGUUUGAGGGGGAGACGGUCCUUAGAGGAGCACUGUCCCCAUCCCUUGCUCCUUCUGGCCAGUCCUCCUUUCUGCUCACUGACCGCACUCCAGGACACUGCCCGUGAAGCCUUUGCAUCUCCGCUCUUCACCCCUGGGGGGCAGCUGAGCUCCCCACGUGCUGUGUGGCUGCUUCGUCUUAGACACAAACCAGCACGUCAAGGGCCCAGCUCCUCCCCCACCCCGGCAUUUCAGCGUCAAGUGCACUUAGCGGGGUGCCCGGCUCCCCCAGCCCCCACACCCCUCCCGGGUCUCAGGGUGGUCCCAGCUUCUCUUUGGGUGACCAGAGGUUGGAGUCCCCAUCCCCAAGGCACGUUUUUGUGAUCAGGGAGGGUGCCCAAGGUGGCCCCAGGUCUGGGCAAGGCCUGGCUCCCUCGUGGUGUCUUGGCGAAUGGGGGGGCACAGUGGGCGUGGGGCAAACACCAGACUGGACACAGGGGUCGCCCAGGGCCCUGGCACCACCAUCCAUCCCUUCCCACCAGCUGCUGCUAGCCCUCUGUGGUUGUGCAUCCUACUUUCCCCCCACCCAGGGGCUGACUCCGAAACCCUUCAUCCAAUGGUGCUAACCCCCGGCUCUCCCCUGCCCCACCCCACCACCCAGAGAAGCACAGACCCCGCCAGGGGCAGGGGCCCACUGCACACCCUUGUCUGGGUUCUCUCGGACUGGCCUUCCUGGCUCAGCCAGUGAGGCUCAGAAGGGACACGAAAGCGAUGGAA